AUGAUCCUACUUCCGCUAUUCCUAGCUUUGGCAGCUACCACCGCCUCCGCUGCCCGAAUCAGAUCCCUCACCCACAGCGGACCCGGCUGUCCCCAAGAUGCCAAGGUGACAUGGUCCGGCGACCUCAGCGACCUGACGAUCACGCUGUCCGAUUUUAGCGAGUCCCUUGCGGCCGGCCAGAUGACGAGCUGCCAGGUUCACUUGCUCGUCGACCAGGGCGAGUCCAGGAAGUCGCUAGUGCUGCAGGAUGUCGUCGUCCGCGGCGGGCUCUACUUGAGCCCCAACUCCAAGGUUGACUUUUACACGACGGCAUACUGGAGCGAGGCUGCGUCUGAUACGGUAACGAAGCAGACGAGCACGUUCGCGGGGUCCAGCGCUGUUGUCCGGAAUGUGGCUAUCGCUCAGCGCCUAGGGUCAGCGUCGCCUUGCGUUGGUAUCGAUGGUUAUGUGGGCAUUCUGAAUGUUACUUUCCGCAUCAUUGCGCAGGAAGGCGGUAGAGUGGUUUUUGGUAGGGAGCGCGUUUCCUCAACGUCGCCUGUGACGGAGGCGCUUUCCUUUGCCUGGCAGAGCUGCUGA